AUGGCAGCGCCUGCUACACCACAGACGGCCGCGCCGCACACACCGCAGCUGCACACGCCCAAUGGCACCUGGAAACACCCCAAGUUUGACGAGAUCACGCGCCGCCAGUAUGCGACAGCGUUCGACGAGAGCAACGUGAAAGCGAUUGUUGCAAACGCCGGUCUCCUCGCCGCCUCGUUCUUCGCAGACGCAGUCUCCUCCAAGGUCAGGCUGCUGGAAUAUGCCGCAACACCCCUCAAGGCCCUCGUGCACCACACCCCUUAUAGCGAUUGGGGCAUUCUGGCUAUCCGCCUGUUCUUCGCCGUCAACAUCGCAGCCGCCUUCCUGCCCCUCGUCCGCCGCUACUACCCCGACGACAUCGCCGACAUCCCGCUCACGCCCUCUCAGCGCACCUCAAUGGGCCUCAAGCCCAGCGCCGCUUCGCAAACACCAGGCUCCUCCUACGCGUCGCCCGCUUACGUGACACCGCCGCGCUACUCGAGAUCCACACCGCGGAGCAGCUUCAGCAACCAGGGCGAGCCUCCUUUCCUCGGUUCAGGCAGUCCCGCUGCUGGUCUUGGCAGGUCGACUUCGACCACAUCGUACUCGCCUGGUGGUCUGGGUGGCUCAGCGAGCAGGCGCGCAAGCUAUGGCGGAGGCAGCCCGUUCAACAGCAGCUUGUUCGCUGACAGUGGAUCGAGCGCUGGACCUGGUACACCGACACCGUCUGCCGGGAAGGCUAGCGUUGGGUUGAACAACAAGUGGCUGUACGAGAAGCGGAGGAAUAGCCCGAGGAGUGGCAUGUUUGCAUGA